UUUUAGUGUAGCUGACGAGACGCUGCUGAAGAAGAAAGCCACUGGUUGUGUUGGCAAAAAUAUGGUAAAAUCGGAUAGAGGUAUGCAGAAGAAAUAAGGGAAUAUGUCCGUAUAUGUCCGUUUUCCAUUUGACGCAGGAUACAGCAAACUGACUUGACCCCAUCGGACAUAGCUACAGCAAAAUCAGUUUCCUGUGUGUGGACUCUGAAUGGCUGUUCUCUCGCUCCAAGAACAGCUGUCACCCAGUCCCUUCUGAGAGUGAGUGAGCGUGAAGAGAGCUCAACGAUUUCACAUGAAUCAAGCGCUCACUUACUCCAGUUGAAGCCGGAACAGAGAGACACGUCAGCACAAACUCACAGAUCUGCUGUAAAAAUCACACACACACACACACACACACACACACACACACACACACACACACACACACACACACUAGGCAAAGCUACAUCCUCACAUUUCAGACACUGCACCUUUUCAUUCCCACCAUCCAUACGUUCACUCCUCUGCUUCAGUGAACAUGUACGGCAGCUCCCGUUCCGUGGGCAGAGCGGAUGCCAACCACAGCGGAGGAGGGAGAGAUGGGGGGAGCAGCCAGGGUUCAGGUCGCUCCCCUCAUCUCCCCCGUUCCCCACGGAUGGGCCACCGUCGCACCAACAGCACGGGGGGCAGUGGAGGGGGUCCAGGCGGAGCGGGGGGUAAGACCCUCUCCAUGGAGAACAUCCAAUCCCUCAAUGCCGCCUAUGCCACCUCAGGACCCAUGUACCUGAGCGACAACGAGGUUGCCAUGUCCGACCACGUUAACAAGAGUGGUCGAGAGAUGACCACAAUGGGUCGACAGAGGGUGACCUACGGGUCAAGAGCAGGAGGGGGUGGAGGGGUGGCAGCGAGCACCCCCAACAUCGCCACAUCUGUCCAGGCCAAUGCUGUGCUCCCUGGGGGAAUGAUGGCAGGUGACGCCCUGGCUUUUGGGGAUCACCACAUGGCUUCCACGGUCCCUCACUCCCUGAGACAGGCCCGGGACAACACCAUACUGGACCUGCAGGCCCAACUCAAAGAGGUUCUGCGUGAGAACGAGUUGCUGCGUCGUGAGGUGGAGGUGAAGGAGAGCAAGCUGAGUUCCUCCAUGAACUCCAUCAAGACUUUCUGGAGCCCUGAGCUGAAGAAGGAGAGAGCCCUAAGAAAGGAUGAGGUGUCCAAGAUCACUGUCUGGAAGGAACAGUACCGCGUGGUGCAAGACGAGACACAGCACCUCCAUAUGACAGUCCAGGCAUUGCAGGAUGAACUGAGGAUACAGAGAGACCUGAACCAGUUGCUUCAGCAGGACCCUUCCAGCCAAGGUCAUGACCUGGCCCUGACCUCUGAACCCACGGAGGAGAACUACCGUCGGCUGCACGGGGACCACGAGCGUCAGGUCAAGGAGCUGUUCCUGCUCAGAAAGACCCUGGAGGAGAUGGAGCUGAGGAUAGUCACCCAGAAACAGACCCUGGGCGCCCGGGACGAGUCCAUCAAGAAACUACUGGAGAUGCUGCAAAGCAAAGGGCCGUCGGCUAAGGCGUCAGAGGAAGACCAGGAGAGAACCAGGAGACUGGCUGAUGCUGAGAUGCACAGACACCAUCUAGAGUCCCUACUGGACCAGAGAGACAGGGAGACAACUGCUCUACGAGAGGAGCUGCACCGUCGAUACGAGGGAACCCCAGAGUCCACAAAAACCAAGGCUCUACAGACUGUCAUCGACAUGAAGGAUGCUAAGAUCAACUCUCUGGAGCGAGGUCUGAGGGACAUGGAGGAGGAGGUGAUUAUGUUGAAGUCCAAUGGCCUGCUGAGCUGUGAGGAGAGACAAGAGGAGAUGAAACAGAUGGAAGUCUACCGCAGCCACACCAAGUUUAUGAAGAACAAGAUGGACCAGGUAAAGCAGGACCUCAGCAGGAAGGAGACGGAGCUGAUGGGGUUGAGGACCAAGCUGGAGACUCUCACCAACCAGUUCUCAGACAGCAAACAGCACAUCGAGGUCCUCAAGGAGUCACUGACCGCUAAAGAACAACGAGCUGCAAUCCUACAGACAGAGGUGGAUGCGUUGCGUCUGCGUCUCGAGGAGAAGGAGACCACGCUGAACAAGAAGAGUAAACAGAUCCAGGAGAUGUCUGAGGAGAAGGGCACGCUCAACGGAGAGAUCCACGACCUCAAGGACAUGCUGGAGGUCAAGGAGAGCAAGGUUAACGUCCUGCAGAAGAAGAUUGAGAACCUGCAGGAGCAGCUGAGAGACAAGGAGAAGCAAAUGAGCAGCCUGAAGGAGAGAGUCAAGUCUCUACAGGCAGACACCUCUAACACAGACACCGCUCUCACCACACUGGAGGAGUCCCUUGCUGAGAAGGAGCGUAUCAUCGAGCGUCUGAAGGAGCAGAGAGACAGAGACGACAGGGAGAAGACUGAGGAGAUCGACAGCAACAAGAAAGAGCUGAAGGAUCUGAAGGAGAAAGUCAGUCUGCUGCAGGGAGAUCUGUCUGACAGAGAGACUAACCUGUUGGACCUAAAGGAGCAUGCAUCGUCCCUGGCUUCCUCAGGGCUGAAGAAAGACUCCAAGCUGAAGACUAUGGAGAUCUCUCUGGAGCAGAGGAAGGAGGCGUGUCUCAAACUGGAGAACCAGCUCAAGAGGGCCCAGAAUGCGACGUUGGAGGCCAAAGCGAACACAGAGCUGUCGGAGCUCAUCACCUCCCUGGAGAGGGAAGUUACCCGACACCGAGAGGAUUCUGGGAAGGCUCAGGCGGAGGUAGACCGACUGCUGGAGAUCCUGAGAGAGAUGGAGAACGAGAAGAAUGACAAGGACCGCAAGAUCAAUGAGCUGGAGAGUCAGUCCUCCAGACAGACCAAGGACCAGAGUAAGAAGGUGGCAUCACUGAAACAAAAGGAGCAUGUGGAGAAGAGUAGGAACGCCCAACUUAUGGACGAAGCCAAAAAGAGAGAGGACAACAUCUCAGAGAGCUCUCAACAGGUCAAGGACUCUCUGCGGUCGAAGACGGAACGUAUCGAGGAGUUAGAGGAGGCUCUGAGAGAGAGUGUUCAGAUCACAGCGGAGAGAGAGAUGGUGCUGGCACAGGAGGAGGCUGCCAGGAACCACCAGGAAAAACAGAUUGAGGAGCUGCUGGGGGCGAUGGAGAAGGUGAAACAGGAGCUGGAGUCCAUGAGGGCCAAGCUGUCGUCUACCCAGCAGUCCCUGUGUGAGAAGGAGGCCCAUCUGACCACGCUGAGGGCUGAACGCAGGAAACACCUGGAGGAGGUGCUGGAGAUGAAACAGGAGGCGCUGCUGGCAGCCAUCAGUGAGAAGGAUGCCAACAUCGCCCUGCUGGAGCUGUCAUCGUCCAAGAAGAAGAAGACGCAGGAUGAGGUGGCUCUGCUGAAGAGGGAGAAGGACCGUCUGGUACAACAGCUCAAACAGCAGACUCAGAACCGUAUGAAGCUAAUGGCAGACAACUAUGAGGACGACCACCUGAAGACCGCCCCCGACCAGACCAAUCACAAACCUUCUCCAGAUCAGAUGAUCCCCCCUCUCCUGUCCCUGAGUGAAAAUCGCAGUAAGCUGAAGCUCUACAUCGACCACCUGACUGACCUCUGCCACGACCGAGACCCCAGCAUCCUCAGUGACCUGACCCCGCCCGCCCACUAUCACCACGCCAACCCACCAGCCUGGGAGGAGGAGCUACACAAGUUGACUCUGGAGCAGUUGGAACUGGAGUUGGAGUUGUGUGAAAAGGAGAGUGGGGAGCUGCAGGAGUAUGCCAAUUCAGUGCUGCAGCAGAUCGCUGACUACUGCCCUGACAUCCUGGAGCAGGUGGUCAAUGCGCUGGAGGAGUCCUGCUGACCGCUCACCUUUACAGACCACCUCAUGACCCCGCAUGAGCUUCAGGCAACCUUCCUCCCAUCUAUUCACACAUGAUCAGGGCAGAGGGAAGACUGGGCGAUCGUACUGCACCCCCACAUGCCCAAUUCUCAUUCCUGGGGAUAUUGACCAGCCUGAGGACAUGAUGAUGAAGAACAGCCACAAAGUGGCCUAAUGGUGGAGGGAUGUAGCAGCCUGCCAGUCAUGGGUUGUGUUCAGUAGGGCACGUCAUAACAAAACGUUUUGAAAGAGAAAACACAGGUAGCACUUUCAAAAUGUUUUCUCUGGAUUCAUCCCUACUGACACAACCAUUGUUUUCUCUUUGAAUCUAAACCAGUGUUUUUUCUGAAAGGUGGAGUGUUGUGGCAUAAAAAUAUUUAGGAACCAGUGAUUUAAACCACAUUUCUUUUGCUAGUCUAUUUCCUUUGAUUUGCCUUCAGAAUCUCCUAUGUGAAUUACUAGACAACAAACCUUUUCCCUCAACUCCCCACCUAGAUCUAUUGAGAGAACCCCUAGCUGAGUUUUGCUGACUAAAUGUAAGGCUUUAGCUAUGGCAGACUUACUGUGUGUUCUGUGAAUGGCUCUUAAGACAGAGGGAAGAAUCCUAACUUGAAUUUCCACACACAUUUCCCAUUGACAUUAAUGUCUAAUUUAUGUGAAACUUUGAGGUACACUAGCUUCUCGAGUUAGGGAGAGAGAGCAGUUGAUUUUAAUGGUUUUGCACACAGCACUCCCUUCUUUAUGAGGUAUGCAAUGUUAGUUUAUUUUCAGUCAUAGUCAGCAUCCCAAAUGAUACCCAAUUCCCCACAUUGUAUACUUAUUUUGUCAAAAUUAGUGCACUAAACAGAAUAGGGUGUCAUUUGGGAUGCUACCAUAGAGUGGCCUUUGAGCGUGCACAGGGAUCAGUACUGGACCUAAAUGAGGGACCUUUUUUAUUCCUCAGUUCUAUUGGUGCUACAGCAUGGCAUAAGACAUCAAUAAAGAUCUAAUCCACCGGUCGCAUGAUCUCAUCCAAAGUUUCUAUAGAUAUUACUUUUUUUUAAACUAUAAUUGUUUAAUUUUUUAAAUUUAAUUACAUUCCCUUAGAUGCAAAUGUUGCCCGUUCACUGCAUCUGUCCAACGCUUCAGAGCUAGCUAUGGUUCUUAAUGUAAUGAGAUUAUAGGGAAUCCUAGUUAAAAAGACACGACGGUCACUUCUCAGUGGGUUUGAACUUUUAAAAAUCAGUUUGUAAAUAACUCAUCAAAUACGUACAGUGACUAUAUAAAGGUAACCCAGUGGAAGAUGUUGUGAAUUCUGUUUAAAAAAUAUAUAUAUAUACAAGUGAGAAGCUAAAAGCAGUGCAGUCCCGUGUGUCUCAAUUUGUCUGUAGACAAGAUGUAUUUGACAGUACUGCCAUAAGUUGCGAAAAGUCAUGUUCUAUAAAUAUAUAUACACAAAGUAUGAUGUUGACCAUAUGGAUAUAUGCAUUGAAAUGUUUGCACAGAAUCGUGAGGAGCAAGUCCCUCUGAACAAAGUUGUGGAUCGUGUCCUCGGCUAAAACUGGAGAAAUGUCAAAAACAUUUUGUGUCAAAUUAACUACUAACAUUUUCAAACCGUGACUGUGUAGAGGGAGAGUACUUUUCUUGCAUUUAUUUCUAAAUUGUUCAUUUUUUAUGUACACACUUUUGCCACAUAUGUAAACCUUUUACCCUUCGGUUCCAAAGUUUUGUUUUUUCAUCUGUCUGAGAUGUGAAUGGAUGUUUGUGGGAAUGACGCUCUCUAGACUGUUCCUCUUAUGUUCUCACAUAGUAGUCUGACCCUUUAGGACAGAGUGGUCUCCAAACAUGUUUGUCCUGUGGCCUGAUUAGUGAGAGUUGUACUGUAUAGAACAGACAUCACUCUCUGCCAGUCUGGCAUUUUAUAACUCCUCUAUCCAGUGCGUUCCUAUGCCAAUCAGUCAAUGGUUGAACAAUAAUAAAAACCUACAGAUCAGCUUGCUCUCCAGGACCAGAGUUGGAGACUAGGUUACUGUUCAGGUCCUUUUAUCCUGCCUCUUGUCCAUAGGCCCUAUGAUGAGACAAAUUUUGAAUCACAUCCUGGCAAUCCCAGAAGUAAUGACUGACCUGACAAAAUCAUGAGGUCAAACCAAAGGGUUCCACUCGUCAGCUUUCACCUAUCCAGGUUAGAAUAGUUUGAAUCUAGGAAGGAGGAACAGGGCCCUAGCCUGUGUAUCUCUGCCUUUGCCUUAAUGUCUAUGGACUCACCAUUCUGUGAUAACUUCAUGUUUUACAUUUUUCAUUUAGGAACAGUGCUUGCUGUUAAAGGGGCUACUACUACCAAAGUCAUGGUUCACUUUUUUUGCGUUUAAAGGAAAUGUACUGCCUUCUGUGUUGAUGAAAAAAGUAAAACGACAAGUAUUUGCAUUUUGUAUAUGUAUGUAAAUAAACAUAUCCUAUCAGUC